AUGAUAAGGGGUUGCGCAAGCGCCGGCGUAUCGAUCAGGGUAGCCCUCCGGGCGACACCCUCGCGAUUCUCCGCCGAGCUUCACUGCUUCAUCGGCAAACUAGUGGGUAGUACACGCACGCGACACAGCGUCGUGGGCUUUAUAACAAUAACGAAUCAGCGCAAUCGAGUGCUCCAGCAAAUUGCUUUAUCUAGCAAAAGCUCGAAUCAACGUCUUUGCGUAGCGAGAGAUCACCAAGAUUUCAACUUGGAUUGUUUAUUUUCUCCUUCCUCACCUCCUCUUAUUUCAUCCUUUCCUUUCGGAUUACCUUACGUUGAAAUUUAUCCCGCGACGCAUCAAGCAAAGAAAACCCGUCCCAUCGAUCUGGGAUCCAGCGACACGAUCGAUCGAGCCACAACGAACGACCUAUUUCGCGCGUCGCGACGACGUCGCAUCAUCAGCAGUGCAAGGAUCAUCGCCACGACAAAGAACUGAAACGGGUUAUCUUCUAGAUCGCUAACGGUCCGAGCAACGAAACCGGGAGCCGUUUCGUCGCAGCAACGAGCUCGGUGUAACCAUCAAGAUUACC